UAUGUAUGUACCAUAAACCCUCAAAUGUCUUGCGAGAGGAGAUGCCUGGUGUAUCAAUUCUCAAACCACUAUGUGGAGUGGAUGCUAACCUUCCGUCUAAUCUAGAAUCAUACUUCCAACUCAGCUAUCCAAGGUUUGAACUGCUUAUCUGUAUACAAGAUGAAGACGAUGAGGCAAUAAAAGUUGUAACUCCCCUUGUGGAGAAAUAUCCUCAUGUAGAUGCAACCGUUUUUAUAGGUGGGUCGGAAUUUGGGAUCAAUCCAAAGGUAAAAAACAUGCUUCCAGGAUACAAGGCUUCAAAGUAUGACAUCAUAAUGAUCAGCGAUAGUCGUAUAUCAGUUUCGCCUGAUACUUUAACCAAUAUGGUUUCAAGAAUGUCACCGAACGUUGGUAUGGUCCAUGGGCUGCCUUUUGUCCAUGACAAAGCUGGUUUCUCGUCAACGUUAGAUAAGGUUUAUUUUGGUGGAGCACAUGCGAGAAUGUACAUAUCAGCAUGUGUUUUUGGAGUGAAUUGUGUCUCAGGAAUGCUUAACAUUGUCAGGAAAUCAAUCUUGGAAGAAGCUGGUGGCUUAAAAGAAUUUGCGAAGUACAUUUCAGAAGACUAUUAUAUGGGUAUAGCUGUUUUUAAAAGUGGUUUUAAGCAGAGACUGAGUUUAUUUCCUGCGAUGCAGAAUUCUGGCUGUUGUACAUUAAAUUCGUUUAGGAAACGAAUGGUCAGAUGGACCAUGGUGAGAAUUAGCACAGUUCCCUUAACCAUCAUCAUGGAACCUAUAACAGAGUGCUUAAUGCUCGGCGUGGCCGUAUCAUGGGCCCUCUACUACCUAGUCAGCUGGGAUCCUUGCAUAGCCUUCAUCUGCCAUACCCUUGUUUGGUUCAUCUUGGAUUACUUCCAACUCAAAGUACUUCAGCGAGGACCACUCAACUUCACCAAGGUUGAUUAUGCAUUAGCGUGGUUCUACCGGGAAAUAAUGACCAUAUUCUUCUUCUUAGAGGGCGCUGUCAGCCAGACAGUCCGGUGGAGGACCGGGACGUAUCGCUUACGAUGGGGUGGAUACUUAGAGGCAUGCUGAUAUCAGACUCAGAAAUAACAGUCAAGACUCUGAAUGAGUGGAGUAAGACGGUGCUCUUCCGAAGGGAAAAAAAGUAUUAAAACUAGCUGGCAAGUACUACAAAGUUUUGUGAGCGGCGCCAUUCCCACGAAAGAACAGAAGAACCCUUGUGCAAUGAAGGCAAAGUCAGUGCUGAUAUUCCAGUGUGACACUUGCUACACCCCAAGUCAAUCAUUUCACUUUUGAGCUACGGAAAUGAGGAACAGAAGGAUUCACUCUACGUCAUGGAUUUUCUUAAUUUAAAGUGAAUAUGCCUCUGAAUCAUGCAUUUUUUGUAGUAGUUAUCUGAAUUUGUAUGAAAUGUCAUGAAUUAGGUAUAUCGGUAUACAUUUUCUGAGAAUGUUUAUGUAUUUGUUGUCAUUUCAUGCAGAACCAAUAGCAAUGUUAAUUUUUUUCUGGGGUCAGGUGACACUUCUGUGUCCAGUGGAAAACACAUGAUCUUGCCUUCAUAAAUUUCUGGAUCACUUGUGUACUACUUGGUAGAAGAGGGCAGACCUUUGUGUCUGAUAAGCCAAUGGUCAUGAGUAGAAUCGUAUCCUCACUUAAGUCCUAUUUCUGUAGGACUUCACAGUGGCAUGUUCCAGUCUAUUGAUGAUUCAGGCCUGAUCGGGAGAAUGUUUCAUCAACAAUUUUUGUUUCAUAAGUUGUCAGAUCUGACAACUUGCCUUGAUUUUUAUUUAUUGUCUAUGAUGAAUGUUAGGAUUGGCAAUAAAAAGAUGUGGGUGGGAUUCUUGCUCGAAAGACAUUACACUGAGUAUUAGCAAGGCACCUAAAGGCUGCCUCAGAGCUUACAAUGGUUUGUGACAAGAUUUUGGAAUAAUGUGGAACAUCUUACUUUGCCAAGUUUUUGAAAUCAUAAUAUGAAUACUGAGGUUCAAUACAUGGUAUUGCUACCCUUAUUAGAAUGAAAAAAAUUGAUAUCUGAUGGUAAUGACAUCAUAGCAACCAUAUAAUCUGCUAUGAUAUGAAACCAAUUUGGACUUAAAUCUCAAUUGAAAACUUAAAAUUACUCAAAGUUUUUAUAUUAGUAUUCUUACAGUUACUUUGAAUUUGUUUAAAUUAUAUUUUCAGGAAAUGAGCAAAGGUGCUAUUUGUUCCAAAAUGGGAUCAUAGACCAGUUGUAAGUUAUGCGAUGGCCUUCAGGGAUCAAACCUUAAUGUAUUCUUUGCUUUUUGUCUACUGCUCUUCCGAGGCAAUGUGCACUUUUGUUUCAUAAGCCAACACUAUUGGAAAGCCAUUAAUUAAUAAAAGAGCAACAUUGUAGUGGGCCUUCCGAUUCUGAAUAGAACAGAAACUUCGCUAAGUUUGGAAUUCAGCAAAUUAAAACUCUUAUACCCUUCUUUAAAAGCAGUACACUUGACUUAAUUGCUGGUUUUGAUAAAAACAUUCAAGGAAUAAAAAGCUUAGAAAGUCAUAGAAAUUUAAGAAGGAAAUUGCUUGUUUCUCCUAAAGAAUUCCUUUUCUAUUUUGCUGCAUCUUGUUUUGUGCAAAAGUCUAUGUAAGCUGAGCAUGGCAUGUGACCAUGCUCAUUAGUAAACAAUGAUUCUAUAUGCAAUUUGAGAUUUCUUCCUAUGCGUACUUCUUGCUUAGAUCUUAGUGUGUUUAUGUUGUAAAUGUAGAAUUGAGGGAUAUCUAACAAAAUAUACAAAGAGCUUAGUUUUUUUGUUUGCUUGAUACAACUAAAUUUCAUAUUCUCUUUUACCUAAAUAUAUUAUAGAAAGAAAAUUCAUGAGAAUGCAUGAUUAAUUACUGCAACAAAAGUUUGUACUGCUUUUUUAUCAGGAAUUUCACUAUGAAGGUCCUCUGGGUCGUUGACAGCGACUUUCCCGCAAUCUGUAUACUGACUGUGCACAUUGUGUAUAUUUCCUGUAUGAGGAAUUGUGACAUUGAUGGAUUUCCACAGUUGAGAUGGAUUGGAUCAAUCACACCUCUUUGUGAGACAGGGCCUUGAUUUGGUCAUUGUCACCACAGGCACUUCCAAAGGGAGCGUUUCAAAGUCGCAAAUGGGAUUUGUUUUCAUAAGCCAGGGCCUCAUUUCAUUAAACAUUCAAUGAUUGAUGAAAAUGUAUGAUAAAUUGGCUCCAACCAAUCAAAAUGCACCCUUUCAGUAGCUGGUAACAGAAGUUUGUGACUUUCCAUGUAAGACAAUGUUUGUGAAACCAGACCCAGUUGCUUAGGCUCCUUAUUUGUUUAGAUAGAUAUUCUCUUUCAGUUGAUAGCUCUUUUUUUUACCUCAGGGUCAUCUUAUAGCGAUUGACCAUAGGGCUGACAUGCACAUUUGGUUGCAUUGAUGAGCAAUCAAUUGUACAACUAAGUGUGCGAUCAGUCAAUAAGCUUUGUGUAAUCGGGGCCAGGUUAUGUUAUUUUGAGAGUCAGUACUGAAGUAUAUAUUACAGCUUAGUUGAAUGGAGGUGUAAUUGUUACAAUGAAUUCAGGGAACUCUGGUUGACAAGGGGGUUUCCCCUAAUGUAAAUUUUAUAAAUGAAAUGAAGACUUUUAUCUAGGACUAAUAAGUUGUAGAGGUAUUUUUAAAGUCAAGAUAUCUGUCCAGCUGUUGUAUGUAAACUGUACAUACAAUGGAAUCUAGAAAUCUAGAUCUUAUUCUUUGACAAAUUCUUAUCAACGUUUUUCAUCGAUGCCCUGGAGUAUUGUAUUUUUGUUGUAUUAUUGUAUAUUGUAAAUUGUGAAGUUUAUUGUUUGUUAUAAUUAUUUCUUAUUGAUGAGUAUUUCUGCUCGUCAAUGUACAGGGUAACUUUUCUAGUGUUGAUGUUGAUCUUAAAGGUAAAAGCAUGUUGUUGUAGUAAACAGUUAUUUCAUGGUUAAGUCUUUAAAAUCAAGGUUAAUUUUUCACGACAUGAUAGAUGUAGAUAUCAGGGUCCUGACUCCUGUUUCAUGAAGAUUCAUGGAUUUCAGUAGCUUUUAACUGUUGUAAAUUUGUUACUAUAACAAGAGUUAUAAAAUGGGCCCCUGGUUUAUUUACAUAAACUGAACCCUGUGUGUAAUCAUGAAAUACAAACCGCAAAAUAACCACACUAAUAUCACUUACACAGAUAAGCACAGGUGGGACAGUGGAUUAUUAUUGCUUGGAAACAGACCUGACAUCAACAUGCUUAUUUUUUUGAUUUCUCAACAAUUACACAUUUUCUUUCAUAAACAUGUGGAAAUUGCUAAUCAUACAUACAGACCCAUUGGUAGUCAUUUCAUUUGAUUUUGUUUGAACUUAUUUUGAGGUCGCUACCACAACUGCCAUUUAUCUUGAGCGUUAAGAUAAGGAUUAUCUGUUCUUUUUGUGAUGAUUUUUGUUUGCCUGGUGCUCCCUCUUAAAAAUAUGAUCAACUUCACAUUGAUAACACCUUGUGAGAAAUGUCUCAGGACCAGCUAUAUUUUAAGCUUUGUGCCAUGCUGAUUCAAAAAUCAACUGAACACCAACACCAUAAGGUUAAUAAUAUACCUGAAAUUGCCCAAUGUUUUCUCCAAUAUUUAUCAUGUUAUUAUCAACUCCUGUUUAAAUUGAGCAAUUUCUUGCCAAGUUCCCUUUUAAAGUCAUUUUAUGGCCUAAGUUUACAUAUAUGUAUAUUCUCUACGAGUAUUUUCAAAAUGAAGGGUCACUUAUUGAUUGAGCCUCAAUUUUGACAAAAGAGGAUAGAUGUAAAGCAAAUGCACGAUUCUUAUUUUUCAAAUACCAUCACUUUUUGGCAAAGUGGUUUGAACAACAUAAUUUGUUCCAGCAUCCAACUUGUGUGAAAAUCAUUUGAAAAUCAAGAAAGUAUUCAAAUUGUUUCUAUGGAAACACUACUGCAAUGUGCAAUGCUAACUUCCUUGAAAGUUACUUUUUAAUCAGCUUGUUGCUUGGAAGGAGAAAUGUGAUUGGUCCAUCAAGACAUGCGUAGUUACACAGAAGCUUGUCAAUGAGGGAAAAAAAAAUCAGGACUCUUAAACAAAUUAUUUUGCUUAAACUUUGUCCACCAAAAUGGUGUGGUAUCUUCAAGAGAGGGAUUCCUUGUCAGCUGUGUUUAGAUGUAACUACAACUGGACAAUUCUUGUACUAGCAUUUUAAAUGGAAAUCAAUGAUGUUGAGAAAAUUAAAUCAGAAUCGAAACAUUAAACCUGAUCAGUGUUUUAUCAGGGUAGAUUGGCUUUAGGUGGUGUUGCUAAGAAACAAUUGUCAUCAAUUGCAUAAAUUUGCAAUUAAUAGAUCAGGCAAAACAGAUUACAUUCUGUUCCAUAAAGUAAACCAAUUUCAUGUACACCUCUGUAGAUUGAUAAAUUUUGGUUGCAAAUUCAUUUAAAAAUGUGUUUAUGAAGAACGGGUCU